AUUCGACAAUGGCAUAUGAAUGACACUGAUGAGCCUUAUAAACGACAAUAUCCUUUACCAGCUAUCACAAAUGACCAUAACCGCAUUAAACCAAGAAAACAAUCUUCUCCUGCAGCAGUAACACAUCCCACCAAUACCAAUAAGAGACCUGUCUUCUCUAAAUUAUUUCAAAGAGGCAGUAGUAAAAAUUUACCCAGAAAUAAUAGCUAUGUUGACAACACCUUUGUCUAUCAACAAAAAUACCAUUUAGCACAAGAACAGUCUUUUUUAUACCGAACACUUGGAGAAAGAAAAUACCAUCAUAUCGAAGGCUCUACUUAUUUAUUACCUUGUGAUGAAGAAGAAGUGGAUCGACUUCAUCUUCAACAUUUUAUGGUUCGGUUUGCUAUUCAAGGAAACUAUUUAGCUCCAGUCAGUGAAGUAUUAAGAAAAGGUGGUCGUGUCUUGGAUGUGGGUUGUGGUCCAGGUGCUUGGUCAAUGGAAAUUGCAGGUGAAUAUCCAAAAUCAACUGUGAUUGGUAUAGACAUCGCACCUAUUUACCCAAAAGAUAUUAUACCUUCCAAUUGUGCUUUUUAUCAAUGCAACAUUCUCAAUAAAUUGCCCUUUGAAGACAAUACGUUUGAUUAUGUAUUCAUGAGGUUUAUGGGACAAGGCAUUACAGCAGAUAAAUGGGCCAGUGUGUUGUCUGAAUUGAUACGUGUUCUUAAACCCAAAGGCUGGAUUGAAUGGGUGGAGACAGACAUUGAAAUUCAUCGUCCAGGCCCUAUUACACAGGAUUUUAAUCAAAAACUGAUGAAAUUGAUGUCUGAUCAUCAUCAGGAUCCACAUAUUGGUCGUACUUUAAAAGAAAGACUAGAACAAACGCAUGCUUUAAUAAACACGACUUCCAUGUAUGUCUCGUGUCCAGGAGGUCAAUGGGCUGGAAAGCUUGGACAGUUGACAAUGCAGACCUGGAAAGCCUAUUAUCAAGCAUUUUGUCCACUCUUGUGUCAAUAUGGGGAUAUUUCAGCAGAAGAAUACAGCAAGAGACUAAAGUCAUGUUGGAGAGAAGCAGAUGAAUACAAAACAUUUGAAAAUAUUCAUUUUGCAUAUGCACAAAAGAAAAUAAAUUAAUGUUUUACAAAUGUCUG